CCUUGGUCUCGUAAUUCGGGGACUUUUUAGCAAGGCUGACUUGCUUUCUUUGCAUAAUAACUACAUGUCUCCUGUGAACUCUGCCUUCCUACUGUCGCGUUGGAAAUCUGCUGCGUUUGUCUCUGCAUUAGCAUCAUUAUCGCACCCGGAAACGUGUUCCUUCUCAUCACCGCCUCAACAUAUCUGGGGAUCAUGAUCUCGAAAUCCUCAGUUCACCCCGAUCUCUCCUGGCUUAGAAUUUGUUAGCGAUACCCGGCAUGAACGGAUCAAACAGCAACCCCACCACCGAGCCAGCCGAGCCCACAAAAGGGGGUUUGCGGAGAGCAGAAAGUGGUACGACUUCGCAACCAUGGACGAUCCCACCUGCGCUGCAGGGCGCGAGCGACAACUCUGAUGCGAGAUAUGGAUAUAAUGGAAAUGGCGUUGCAUCUCGAACUGGGGUUAGAAGUGAAGAUCACAGUCGUCCGGGAUCUUAUGAGGACUGGAAAGGUGGCCACUUCCCACUAAUGUCUGAUAAGGCCUUCGGUUUGGUCUUGGAACACUCCCAAGAAUGUCCAGCUAGAUCUGGCCAGGAGCAUCGUGUAAAACAUCGGACUUCUUUAGUGGAUGUGCUCGAGGGCUCUGAAGCUACAGCUACUCUACACCGAAUCACUCGGGAGCCAUCACCAACAAGGAACCUGGAGAAGGACCGUAUCCAGAAGCUUUCUCCAGCCAAGAUUCAGGAACUCACCUCGUCACCGCAGUCUAUUCCUUAUCGUAACGCACCGCCAGACUCGGACCAAGGUUCAGCACGAAGACUCGUGUCAGAUGGCCAAUCUGCCACCCUAUCCUCAACCGAGUCCGACGACGCUACACUAAACAAGGUCGAUUUGAAACACCCUCUUGAAGAGAUUCCUAGAUUGCGACCUCAUAAAGACGUACCCGCUCUUGAUGGACUAAAUGGGUUCAGCUUAAAGCCAGCCCCGUCCACCCGAAGCCGUCCUCAUUUAAGUCGUGCUGUUUCCACUCCGCAGUCCUCAAAGAAGCAGGCUGUCUCAGGCAACACCAAUGAGCGGCUAACUCAAACGUGGGCAUCUAGGACUAAGCAGGAUCGCCCAUCUAUUAGCCGCGAAGCUGAAACAAAAUACCUUUAUAACCCACCUUUGCUGCUCCCGGAGCCUGCGUUGCCAUCGCCAUUACCUCAGAAUAUUCCUCUACCUCCCCUAUCCAUUCCCACUCACCUGCAGCUGGAGCUUGCUUCGGGUAGGCCUUCCCCUCUAUAUAUUCAUCGCACAGCUAUGAGUGACUUUCCAUACGAAUCCUCUCGUGCCAAGCUCGAGCGACUGGUGAACUUUUUAAUGCUUCCCCCAGCCCUAGAGCAGGUCCUGUGGUUUGGCAUCCUAGCGUGUCUAGAUGCCUGGUUAUAUUCUUUUACCAUCCUGCCUCUUCGCUUUAUCAAAGCCGUGUAUAUUCUUCUUUCGUCAUGGGUUGUGAAUCUUGCCCUGGAGGCACGAUUCCUCGCAGACUUCGUUAGAAAAGGCGUCGGACGGGUCUGGCGUCGACGGAAGAGAGCGCCCUCUAUAUCAUCCUCUACUACACCAGAGACUCCCCCAAUAACGCCGAUGGAACGAGAUAUCAAGUCUUCCAAGGCGGUGGAUCUGCGUCGAAGAUACCGCACAGAUUUGCACCAUCGCCAUUCCCAUCGGAGACAAAAGUCUAUCCCGUCGACCCUCCUACCUGAUGACAAAGCCGAUAUUCUCAAAGGGCUUUUGAUGAUCACUACCUGCUCAGUCCUAAUGUAUUUUGAUGCAAGCCGGAUGUACCACUGGAUCCGCGGACAGGCGGCCAUCAAACUCUAUGUGAUCUAUAAUGUAUUGGAAGUCAGCGACCGUUUAUUUGCCGCUCUUGGCCAGGAUGUCCUUGAGUGUUUGUUCUCGCGCGAAGCAUUAGAACGCCGGCCUGAUGGGCGCAGCAAAGUAUUUCGGCCAUUUGGACUCUUUUUGCUGGCGCUCGCCUAUACUAUUAUCCACUCAACCGCCCUGUUCUACCAGGUCAUGACACUAAAUGUGGCCGUUAACUCGUACUCGAAUGCUCUGAUCACAUUGCUUCUCUCCAACCAGUUUGUCGAGAUCAAGUCUUCGGUCUUCAAGAAAUUCGAAAAGGAGAACCUCUUCCAACUCACCUGUGCGGACGUGGUGGAGCGGUUUCAGCUUUGGCUCAUGCUCACCAUCAUCGCGUCUCGCAAUAUUGUUGAAACCGGUGCUUUCCAGCUUGGAAGCAGUCUGCUCAGUACCAGUGUUAGCGGGGCAGCAUCUACCACCAACAGUACGCCGCUGUCAACGCCCCCGAAGUCGUCAUCAUCGAUUCUCCCACAGGCGUUUACAUUAUUACCAUCAUCCAUAAUUGCAUCCUUCAGCCACGUGCAUUCGUUCCUCCCGACGCUUGCGCAGGUCCUUGGCCCGUUUCUUGUCGUCCUCGGCUCCGAGAUGUUCGUUGACUGGCUGAAACAUUGUUACAUCAACAAGUUCAACAACACACGACCCGCCAUCUACGGGAGAUUUUUGGAUAUUCUCGCCAAGGACUACUAUACAAACGCCUUCGGUAACCAGAAUCUAACUCGCCGCCUGGGACUUCCGGUGAUCCCAUUAUCAUGCCUCUUCUUCCGUGUUUCGGUUCAGACAUACCAGAUGUUGCUGGCUUCCCUUCUUCCUCAGUCUCCUUCGUUGUCGCCUUCUUCGUCCAUCGCAGCAGAAUCGACAUCUCUCGCGACGAUUCACAGCCAGCAUGUUCCCGCAGCGGGCCCAAUCCCAUCCCUGGCGCCAAUUACGCUGGGGAACCUCCUCCCGGCCACCGCAGCCCAUGCAGAAGCAUUGGUCCGACAAGUUCUAGCCAACGCCAUGCCGUCCCCCGCGCAAUCCGUCUAUAUCUUCACAAUUGUUCUAGUGCUGACGGGAUUUGUUGUCUUGCUUAUUCUUAAGCUUCUCCUGGGCAUGGUCCUUCUGGCCUGCGCCCGAUCUCGUUACAAGACCAUGAAGCACCGUGAAGGUGUGUCUGCAGCACAGACAUCCUCCUCUACUACUACUACUACUACUACUACUACGCCUGGAGUUGCGGAAGGCAGUGGAACGGCUCGGGCGCGUGAUUAUGUGGUUGAAGGCGGGCGCCGUGCGGGCGGCUGGGGGGUGGUUGAGGUCAACGAAGACCACCGACGAUGGAUCUACGCUGACGAUGCGGAGGGAUUGCGCCGCUUGAAGGAAAAGGAGAAGGACAAGGGCCCGAAGGGAGACGAGUUGCGUUUAGAUCAUGUGCAACGGUACGAGAUGGCCGCGAAACGGAUCUGGUAAGAUAUAUGUAUAUAUUGGAUGUUGUACCCUUGUAUCAUAAUCCCAUUUAGAUAGAAUUGAUGUAAUAUAACAAGCGGAGUGCGUCUCCCGCAUAGAUACUCGAGAAU